GAAGCACCCCUCUGAGUCUCUUUUGCUGGAUCAGGACGAACGCUUGUCUUGUCUGCCUUGGAAACGUGUCAACGGCUCGCCGUACGUUCCUAUACUGGCGUCGCAAGAAGCAACGCACCCAUUCCUCCCUCUCAUAAGCAAUUAAAGAGAUGUGAAGGAGGAAAGGAGGCUGGGAGCGACUCGGCCGACUGGUGUGUCCGUCCACACGAGGCUAAAUUUAAGCUGCGUCAACCAACCUCUCUUCGGCGACAGCGACGGCGACAGCCCAUCUGGCGUGCAUAGUAUUAAUGAAACCCUUGGCGCAGGGUCAAGGCCGGGGCAUAACCGUGCGUACUGUGCGGCGGCCCAUCGUCAGCUCAGAUGGGCCGGAAGGCAGUGAAAGCCAGAGAAGCGGCGGCAGCGGUCAACAACGAAGGCCGCGAUCGUCCAGACCCUCCAAACCCUCAAAGAGGUAUCGAGAGAUGAUCAGUGGUGCGACUCGACCAGGUGGAAGCUAUGUGAUGGACGAUGAGGUUGGACGACAAUUUGAAGAGAGAAUUCUCGAAACCUACGAUCCUACUCCAUCCACGACGGUGUCCACGAGGCGACUGUCGCUCCGUGAGCUAUUGCGUCGAGACGGACCGGCAUUUGCCUGGCCGUCUUUGCGGAGCCUCUGCGAAGAGGUGGUCGCCGAGCAUUUCUCGACAAAGGUGCUGCCGCGCCUCGAUCGCAUCAUGGACCAGCAUCACGGUACAGCGGAACCAAAACCAAGGCCUUAUGCGAUGUCAAUGAGCGCGAAAGGUAAAUUUUCGAAAGCAAAAAGGAGCAAUUCGAAGGGUCUACUGGGAGUGCGGCGCGGUGAAAGCGACGACGAUGACGAUUUUGCUCCGUCUGAAGAAGACCGUCGCGAGGCCAAGGGCGGCAGGUCCAUCACGGGGGAAAAGAGAAAGACGAGAACGAGCGCCGCGCGGGCUGAGUCGAGUAAGGCUAGGCUUGUCGAGCAAGUGCGAAGCGGAGGCGAAGACGAGGCAUUGCUCGAUGCCAUCCAUACUCAAAAUGAAUUUCUCAUGACCCUCAUCCCCGCCGAGUCGGCCCUUAGGAUCAAAGCGACCCUCGAAAAGAGCCAGCCGAGGCUGCUGACAGUCGAAGUGCUCCAGCGCCUCUUCGUUACGAGGCAGCGCAUCGCCCUCGCUCGUAGGCUCGUGCUGACAGCCGUCGAGGUGGAAAGCACGAGCAAGAGUGCACGAGACGCUGCAUUGCUGCUACGAGCGCUGCUACCAGAGGAAAAGAGGACGACGGUUGCACCCUCUACUACUACUAUGAUGCCGCAGCUGUCACCAACGCAGAAUCUGAGCACCCUUUCAUUGACUGCCUUUGUGCGCCUCACAUCGGCGCAGCUGCGCUCUCUCAUCGCUGCGAGUCCCAACCUGCAAGAUGUAACGCUGCGAGGCUGCCUCUCUAUCGACGCGGAAACGCCCAAGGCUCUGGUACAGCACUGUCCACGGUUACGAAAGACAAACUUCAAUUGGACCAGCAUCGGGCCAGAAGGCUUGGAGCAGCUCUUGUGCGCUCGCAACCUCGUGACGCUCAAAGUUGCUCACGUCAAAGGCCUUACCGAUGUGGCAAUCCGAAAGGCGAUGGAGCAAGCCAACCUCUUCGGAGCGGGAGCAGAUCCACCAUUUGUGCCCCUCGACAAGCUUCUCCACCUCAAAUUGCGGUCGACCGACGUCGGCCUCCACGGCCUUGGUGUGCUGCUCGGCCACUGCGGCCACAAACUCGUCUCGCUCGACGUGGGCGGCAUCCACAUGGGCGACAUUAAUGUCAAGGACUUUGUUGACUUGGCGAUGCCCCCACUGCAAUCUGAAAGCCGCCCUCUUUGCAACACCGCGCUGACAAAACUCAUCAUGUUCUCACCUGCGCCAUACGCAUCGCGACCCGAGCUCAACCUGUGCGAUGCCAUCAUUGUUCUGAACAACAACUUUCGGGGUCUACGAACCCUCAAGAUCGAGGGUCGAUCCUGCGAUUGGCGCGACCCCUUCGAAGUCGUUUCCUUCUAUUCGCUGCGCAACGACGAUGGGGCCGUUCUUCCCGUGUCAACGCUGUCCACAUCGGGACAGGGCAGACGCGAAGACCGGGAGAGGGUCCGGCACUUUGACAAAUUUGCCUUUCCCGCCGGUCCGCUCGUCGAGGAGAAAUUGAUGGGCAGAAUGGGGCGUGCCAGCGUCGGUUCUUCGGACAUGGGCGACGAAACAGGGCGUUGUAAGCUUGUAGGAGGCACGAUCGACGUCUCCGGCAGAGAUCUGACGAAGCAGCUAGUCGAGUCGGAGAGAUGGGGGCAGCUCGACUUGCAGUGCAGCCAUCUGCUCCUCAAUGGAUGCAAAUUGCCUUCGGGCUGUUGCUGGCCGCAGGUUGGUGCGGGCGGUUCGCUGAAGUCUGCUAGUCUGGCUGGGUCCGACGUCACACAGGAUGGUGCGUUUGCAACCCUGCACAUGGACCAGAAGCGCUAUGACAGUCUGGUGACUAUAUCUUGGACCUAUACUCUCCGCACAGAUGUCGAUGCUCUCAUCAAGCUCAACCCAUUCCUUGCGAGCAUCAACCUGAAUGGCUGUCGCGGUAUUCCCGUUGCUCAGCGGCGCAACUACCUCGAGCUCAAUUAUCAGAGGAUUCACGGCGUCGAUGAGGCUCAGCAUAGAAGCGCCCCAUGAUCACUUCCCGCUUCAGCAAGCAGAUGCUUGUCUGACCACUGCUUUUCGCAGUCCGCGUCCUAGAAGCGGUCCAAUCGAAGACAGAGACGCACCGCCUUGCACUUGCAAACGUGCGGGCAUUUGUCGCAGCACCGCAACUGCAUAGCAUUCCCAUCUGAACGAGAGCGUGACAAGAGAUAUGGAG